AUGGCGCUCGGCGAUUGGCUGCCUCUCGUGACUCUCUCCGACUUGCCGUCCACCGCAAAGCUGCAGCAGGCAUUGGGGUGCAGGAACGGAACCGCACCAGGCAGCGAACGGCGCGGGGUGGGGAGGAAGAGGAGGAGUCCAGCUCAGCUCCGAACUCCCCGGUUGUCGGCGCCGGGCGUCGCAAAUUCGACGACGAGGAAGCUGAGGAUAGCGAUGUUCCUAGAAUCCUGGGAUGCUGCCGAAGACUCCGAGGUGGAGCGCGAAGAAGGCAAAGAAGGUCGCAGAAGCCAAGGGCCAAGGCGGAAGCAGAAGCAGCUGCCUAAUAAGAAGAGCAAGUCCCAGAGGAUAGCAGAGCGUCAGGUCAGAACGUGCUCAGGCUCAGGGCAGAGGCUCGAUGACGAGGACAGCGAGGAGGAAACCGAGGCACAGGCGCGCGAGCGCUUACCAUUGGCAUCAGCAGCGGGGCGCAAGGCUACGACAGCCGGGAGCGCCGUCCCGAUCGACGCGAGCGAUCCCAGCAAGACGGUCGACCUCUCUGCGCUCCCGCUAUUCAAGCCCGGGACAAAGCUGCAGUUCGAGCAGCUGCGCAACGUUCUGGGCCCCAUCCUGUCGGGCAGCUCCAAGAAGGCGCACUACACCCUCUUCCUGCAGGAGUUCACCAAGCAACUAGCCAAGGAGCUGCCGAGCGACCAAAUUAAGAAGAUCGCCAGUACUCUGACUGCUCUCAGCAACGAGAAGAUGAAGGAAGAAAAGGCUGCUGAUAAGGGCGGCAAGAAAUCGAAGGCCGCAAAGACUAAGACUUCUCUUGCCGGCGUGAGCCGUGGUGGUGGAAUGGCAGACACGGCCGCCUACGAUGAUGAUGAUGCUGGCUUUGGCGAAGGAGAACAGGUGAUAGCCUCGCCGGUAGUACCACGAUCAGCGGCAACAAUAACACCUACGGGCAAGCCCUGCGCGGGACCGGCACGGGACCUCGCUUACAGCCUGUCGAGUCACGGCUGA